GUCCUCCCCGCGCGUCGUUCGGAUAACGAUUCUAAUUUACCCCAUUCCCGCCGCAAACCUACCCCAAAACCGUUUCCUCGACAGUAAUUUAAAGUAUAACAAUAUUAUUAUUAUUAUUAUUAUUACUAUAAUAAUAUAAUAUCGCGGAUUCUGUCGUUCCAUUUUACAGCCGCACAAUAACAGCGCGUUUACCACCAUCGCCAUCGUCAUCAUCAUCGUCACCAUCGUCGUCACCGCCACCGUCGCUACCGCCGCCGCCUAGGCCGCCUCCUUCAGCGCCCCGACGCCGACGGCACCACCUCCAUCGUUGCCGCGAUCGUCGUUCGAUCGACGACAGAUUCGUGCGGACGGUACACGCACUCACACACACGUACACGCGUGCGCGCACACACACAACACACACGCGCACGCGCGCGCGCACACAUACACAAACACGCACACACAAGCUAGCACGCACCUGACGCCGAGCACCGCACGCCACUCGCACACGCACGUCACACCGAAGCGGUCGACGGCCGCCGCGCGAUAUCCGACUCAGUCGACGGACGCAGUUUGCACCGGUACCAUCUCACUGCCGCCGCGGUUGCCCACCGUCUCUCGAGAGCCAACCCCACGUCGUCGUCGGAGUAACACGCGGCCGCACGAUGUCCGUCGCCUACCGGUCCACCGCGUCCCGAUGCGUUCUGUUUACUGCAGCAAUUGUGAUAUUCAAUCAUAUUCUCGUCGCUCCAAUAAAUGCCUUACAAAUUAAUGAACAAAAUAACACAAAACCAUAUCCAAUUUCUGCAUUUCAAAAAUUGAAACGUUUACCGGACGAAAGCUCACUAGAUCCCGUGUCGAAUGCAGACGAUGAAACUCAGAGAUCGGUCCGAAAAAGCGCUGUUUUGUAUAAUAAAGCUGACAUAACAACAACAACUCAAUCGAAUAUUGUUGCGUCACUUUUCCGACUAAACGAGGAGGAAGGUAAUACGUGUAUUCUGUUGAGGGUAGAUGCUGUCAUAGAAGUAAAGUUCAAAACUAAACUAGGUUCUGAAGACCAAACUGAUCUCUAUGUUCCUGACGACGCAGAAGUAACUGGUGAUUGCAGCAAUGAAGAUGAUGCAACAUUAAUACUCAAAUGGAAAAAUUUCGUCUUUACUUGGUACUUUACAAAGACUCUUGGAGGAGAAAGAUGGUUUGUAAAGGCAUUGGAACUCGAAAUAAAUACAGCUGACAAACAUUUCGAUCAUAUUAAAACUAAAGAUAAAAUCGUACGCUUGUCAACUGUAUCCAGUUAUGGUACACUGCUGUUCAUGACGCCAGUUGGACAGUCAUAUUCGUGUCAAAAAGAAAUUAGCGUAGUAUUGAGUGAUCAAAAUGUACCUACGAUGAAAGGAUACGUAUUGCUCAGAGCAUUUACUGUUCAGCCGUUUAUAUUCAAAAAUAAUGAAUUUGGACCAGCUUACCAGUGUUCGUCGAUCGGUGCUGGCGCCAUGCGGAACGAAACCGUACCAUUCAUAUUCGGAAUCACUCUAGCGGCCGUCGCCAUACUCACGGUUGGUGGAUAUGCGGUAUUUAGACACUUUAAAAUCAAGAAAGUCCAGUACGACACGAUGGAAUAAAUUAUUUGAAUCAUGGGAACUCUAGACGAACUGAACAACUGGGAUUUUGUUUUGAUUAUACCGUUUUUCAAUUGUUUUGAUCAAACAGCAAUAAUCGCAUAGACGACGUUUUUAUUUUAUCAUAAUAUAGUUUAUAUUAUAAUAAUAAUAUGAUUAGGCUAUUACUCGAUACUGCAAUGACACAUUUUUUGUACAUUUUGUUUUCUUUUUAGAGUUUUUUUGUACUGUCGACGUUUAAAAGAACAUUCAACGUACAAUUUUAUUUAAAGUGUAAAUUUCAGGUACUUAUUUGAUAAUUAUUUUAAGUACCUAAGCAUUGGUAUUAAAAACUUGACUAAUUUAUCAUAAAUUUCUAUCAUAUUUUUUUCAUUUUUUUAGCCCUCGUAACCAAUU